AUGUUUGGUCUUACAUUAACACGUCUUGAAUCAACUAAUAGAAUAACAAUUCAUCCUUCGAAAGUUAUUACUCAUCAUUAUCGUUAUUUUCUUCGUAAUAUUUCAUCACAAUCCAAUGAUAAUAUUCAACAAUCUCGAAUUCCUUUAGCUAAUAUAAAUCAAGGAGAAGAAUCUAAACGAAUGGGAAUUCAAUUUCGUUGUAUAGAGUUGUAA